AUGUGUAGCAGAUUAACUUUGGAUCCUCGCCGUCAUCUCUGCUGUGCGUUUUUUGAUCUUUUACCUCCUCUCCACCUGUCGGGUUCCUGCGCUUCUCCAUGCUGUAAUCCGAGGGAAUAUGUGAGGAUCAUGCUGGCGGUGUGGUGCUUCAUGGUCUUUGCUGCAGUGGGUGAGAGGCUUGCAGUCUCAGGUGCAAAUGGAGGCAUGUGGGACUGGUUUGCCCCCUCGGGCCGGCAGGAUGGUUGGGAAACUGCAACUGAGAUUACGUUUCCAAAACGGCUGGUGCAGCAAAUCCAGUCAGAGGAGGAAAUGGCUCACGACUUCCUAAAUACCCGGGCGAGGAACAGCAGUGGGGACAGCUUGCCUGUUCACUUGGCCCAGAGCUGUUUUCAGGUAGAAGCCUUUGGACGCACCUUCACUCUUGACCUGGAACUAAACCACCACCUGCUGUCGUCAGGAUACGCGGAGCGACACUUUAACCAUAACGGCAGACCCUUACAGUCUAUGGGAGGGGAGCACUGCUACUACCAAGGAAGGCUAAGAGGUUUACCCGAGUCCUGGGCAGCUGUCUCCACCUGCCGCGGCCUGUGUGGGAUGUUCUCAGAUGGUUUCUUCUCUUAUGGAAUUGAGCCAGUUCACAAUGACAGCAACCAGGAUGAUGGUGCUCACCUAAUACGCAGGAUGCCUGAUAUUAGACUUUCUCCGUACUGCCCAGACUGUGCAAAGGACGGUGAGCAGGACAGCAGUGGAAGUGAUGGUGACCACAUGAGACCAAACCAAACGAGCGAUCAGCACGCUGCUGCGCUGCUGAGAAGAUCCAAGAGGUUUGUCAGGAAACCUUCCGUCCAGACUGAGACCAAAUAUAUUGAACUGAUGGUGGUCAAUGACAAUGAUUUGUUUGUACAGCUGCGUCGCUCCAGCAGCCAAACCAAGAACUUUGCCAAAGCUGUGGUCAACACGGCAGAUACGAUCUUCAAGGAGCAGCUGAAUAUGAGGAUCGUGCUGGUUGCUAUGGAAACCUGGACCUCUGAAAACAUGAUGCCGGUCGUGGAGGACCCGCUGGCAACGCUGCAGAACUUCAUGAAAUACAGGAAGGACAGCAUCAGGGAGCAGAGCGACGUUGUCCAUCUUUUCUCAGGGCGCACAUUUCACAGUAGCCGCAGUGGAACAGCCUACACGGGAGGGGUGUGUUCUCAAACUAGAGGAGGAGGAAUUAAUGAGUAUGGAAGUGUUGGAGCCAUGGCCAUCACUUUGUGUCAGAGUCUUGGUCAGAACAUCGGGAUGAGGUGGAACAACGCUCGAGCCUCCGCAGGUGACUGCAGGUGCCCUGACGCCUGGGUGGGCUGCAUCAUGGAAGACACCGGCUUCUAUCUGCCCAGAAAGUUUUCUCGCUGCAGUGUUGACGAGUACAUCCAGUUCCUGCUCCAGGGGGGUGGGAGCUGCCUCUUCAACAAGCCCAAUAAGCUGCUGGACCCUCCAGAGUGUGGGAAUGGUUUUGUGGAGCCAGGAGAAGAGUGCGACUGUGGGUCCCAGGUGGAGUGUGCCCGCAGUGGAGGAACCUGCUGUAAAAAGUGCACCCUUACCCAUGAUGCCAUGUGCAGUAAUGGACUCUGCUGCAGUGACUGUAAGUACGAACAGCGAGGUGUUGUGUGUCGAGAGGCCGUCAACGACUGUGAUAUCCCUGAAACCUGCGCAGGAGACUCCAGCCAGUGCCCUCAUAAUGUCCACAAGCUGGAUGGUUACGUGUGUGAUAACAGCCAGGGACGCUGUUACAGCGGACGGUGCAGGACGCGUGACGGACAGUGCAAAGGACUCUGGGGCUUCAACUCAGCAGACAGGUUUUGUUAUGAGAAGCUGAACGCUGAAGGGACAGAGAAAGGAAACUGUGGUCGGGCUCCAGAAGGGAAAGGCUGGCUGCAGUGCAACAAGCCGGAUGUAUUAUGCGGCUUCCUGUUUUGUGCCAACGUCACAAUGAAGCCAAAGUUUGGUGACCUGCAGGGCGAGGUGACCAGCUUUACCCUCUAUCAUCAGAACAAGUACCUGGACUGCAGAGGUGGUCACGCUCUGCUGGAGGACGGUUCAGACAUGGGCUACGUGGAGGACGGCACUCCCUGCGGCCCCAACAUGAUGUGUUUGGAAAGACGCUGCCUCCCCGUCGCAGCGUUCAACCUCAGCACGUGCCCGGGGUCAAACUUUGGACAUAUUUGCUCUGACCACGGGACGUGCAGUAACGAGGUGAAGUGCAUCUGUGACAGGGACUACACGGGGAAGGACUGCAGCGUGUUUGACCCCAUCCCCGAACCCACCGUCCCGACGGGUCCAGAGAAAAAAGGUCCCAGUGGCACCAAUAUCAUUAUAGGGUCCAUCGCAGGUGCUAUUCUCCUGGCAGCUAUAGUCCUAGGGGGAACAGGAUGGGGAUUUAAGAACAUUCGAAGAGGAAGAUCUGGAGGAGGAUAAGAUCUGUCUCUGUCUGUCUGUCUCCUGUCCACUCGUCUUCCUCCUAGCACUGUCGUUUCCACGUUGAAGGAGAGGGGAAUAAAAAAAAGUCUUCCAUUUCCGUCCUCAAAUCUCUCCGAACCUCUUCAGACAUCGUCAUUUCCUCCACGCUCCUGUCUGCUCCUUCCGUUUGUCCUCCUCUGAGAGCUCCGCCUUCUUUUGGGGGUCUGCGGGGGCUCGUCGCACCAUACCAGCCGACUCGCUCUCGCACAGCUGCUGCCAGUGCACAGCUGAUUGUGUCCAGGCUGCACCUAAAGCC